CCACACCCCUGCCUCCGGGGCCACUUAAGACAGAGCCAACAUUGGGACAACUGCUUCUCCUGAGCAUUUCUGGAGCAGAAGCUCUUCUCACAGAGGGAGGGACAGAGCGGGCAGCGGGCACCAUGGAGCCCCCUUUGGUCCUUCCCCGAGGAGGACGGGUCCCCUGGCAGGACCUCCUGCUGGCAGUCUCGCUCUUAACCCUCUGGAACCCUCCCACCACUGCCCAAGUCACUGUGGAGUCUGUGCCGCCCAGUGCUACCGAAGGGAAGGACGUCCUUCUGCAAGUUCACAAUCUGCCUAGGGAUACUGGACGCUUCAGCUGGUUCAAAGGGGCCACAACAGAGGAGAACCGUCGUAUUGUAUCAUAUAUAGUAGAUGUAAGAGUUAUUAUCCCAGGACCUGCACACAGCGGCAGAGAGACAGUGUACCCCAAUGGAUCCCUGCUCUUCCGGAACAUCACCCUGAAUGACACAGGAUACUACACUCUACAAAUUGUAGAUAGAAAUUAUGAAGUGGCACAAGUAACUGGACGGCUCCGCAUAUUCCAGCCCUUGGCCCAGCCCACUCUCCAUGCCAGCAACACCACAGUCACAGAAGACAAGGACUCUAUGGUCCUGACCUGCUCCACAAGUAACCCUGAGGUCUCUAUCGGGUGGCUCUUCAAUGGGCAGAGUCUAAAGCUCAUGGAGAGGAUGACACUGUCCCAGGACAACAGCACCCUCACCAUACGCCCUGUCAGGAAGGAGGAUGCCGGGAAUUACCAGUGUGAAGUCUCCAACCCAGGCGAUUCCAGGAAAAGUGACCCUGUGAUGCUGGCUGUGAGCUAUGAAGGAAGCACCACAGGCUUCCCUGUGGGGUCCAUAGUUGGCAUUACAGUUGGGGUCCUGGUCGGACUGGCACUGGUGGCCACCUUAGGCUGUCUCCUGCUCCGCACAAGGACUGGAAGGGCCAGUGGCUGGCGUGACCUCAGAGAGCUCUGCUGCCCGGCUCCCAAACCCCGGCAUGGUCCAACCAGCAGCUCCAAAUCCCAGGACUCCCUGCCCGGCCCCACAACAGCCAUUCCUAUCUACCAGUUUCCGCAGGUCCUGGGGGCCGCUGAGACCCAGGACUCUAGGUGGGGUCAGGAGCCACAGCCUGUGCCAGAGAACCAGCUCUAGGCCCUGAGGAUAUUCAGGAACAUGGACCCAGGGUCAGGUUCAUCACCUUCCUUCUCUACCAACCGAUGGGGGCAGCCUGGACUUGGUCCUUUGAACGUGGAGUCACUUCCUACAGUGAUGUCCACAGCACCCUCACUGCCCUGAGUGAUGGAGACAGAGGCCAGUGCACACUCCCUGCAGCCGUUUCCACCCCUUCCUUUUUUUUUUUUUUUAAGAUUUUAUUUAUUUAUUUUUUGAAAGACAGAGAUCACAAGUAGGCAGAGAGGCAGGCAGAGAGAGGAGGAAGCAGGCUCCCUGCUGAGCAGAGAACCUAAUGUGGGGUUCGAUCCCAGGACCCUGAGAUCAUGACCUGAGCCGAAGGCAGUCGCUUUAACCCACUGAGCCACCCGGGCGCCCCACCCCUUCCUUUUUUGUAAGGCUCCUUGUCAUGAAUGGAAAGUGUGGGACAGAACUAGAGCAAGACUCCCAAGCCCUGGGGGUAUCAGCACCAUGGACAGUAUCCCAGCCAAGCUCCUCCCAGGAGUUGAGCUGGGAGGAGACAAUGAGGGACUGCCGGAGAGGCUGCACAUUUGUAUUCUACAGAAGGAUGCCAUGAGGCCGAAUGAUUCGGCUCUAUCAUAAACCCUUUGCACAUGUCCAGCUGUUACUUGUUGGCACAUCCAUUUCAGCUCCCUGCUUGGCUGAUUGCUGCCCCCAGAGGGUGGCCUCUGGGAGGCUGGGAGUGAGCUCCAGCCUCCUGGGGGAACCUCCUAGCCCCUGAGGGCCAGGCCCCUCUCUUGUCUACAAUAAGGAAGGAAUGUUUCAUGGGCAUCUUCGGACCCUUGGUGCAUGACCUUGGAAACACACCCAUCAGCCAGCCUGGAGCAUCCCUGAGCACAGGGUCCUGUUUCCCAAGCCCCAGGUGAGCCCCCCAGGCAGCAAGGCUGAACAGAACCCUGGGCUGUUCUCCCAGCUGCUCCUAGCUGAGCCCUGUGUCUGAUUUCAGGGUCCUUUGCCAUCUGCUUGCCCUUCCCAGCAGAGCAAACAUUCCACCCAAGGGACAAAAGGGGCCUGAAGAUCUCCCAGGGUAGAAUCCAACAUCUGAGAGUUUCUGCAUCUCCCUGCGACCCCCUCAGAGGAAGAGAAAAUGCUAGGACUCUCACAGUCACCCCCAUCUUCCUCUUUCCCAUCCACAUCCCACCCACAGAACCAACUCUAAUGCUACAGACCCAGCCCUGCCCUUCGUGGGGCUCAGGUCCAUUAUGUCCACUCACAGUGACCAACAUGAGGGUCACCUGGGUGCUCUUAUCUUUACUAUUUCUUUCCUUCUGCUUUUAGUUGGGUUCACUUUGCUCUUAUUUUUCUAGUUCUUGUGGUAGGAACUCUGAUUGUUGAUUUGAGAUAUUUCCUCUUUUAUAAUGUAAGCAUUUCAUACUACAAAUUCCCCUCUCAGUACAGCAUAAGCGGCAUCCCAAAAUGGUGGGUGUGUGUGUUUUUAUUUUAUUUUGUGUAUUUUGUAGGGGCACCUGGGUGGCUCAGUCAGUUAAGCAUCUGCCUUCAGCUCAGGUCAUGAUCCCAGGGUCUUAGGAUCAAUCCCUGUGUUGGACUCCCUGUUCACCGGGGAGCCUGCUUCUCCCUCUCCCUCAGUGAUUCCCCUACCAAAUAAAAAACUAAAAAGUCUUUUAAAAAUCUCUGUAUUUUGGGGCGCCUGGGUGGCUCAGUGGGUUGAGGCCUCUGCCUUCGGCUCGGGUCAUCGUCCCAGGGUCCUGGGAUCAAGGCCCGCAGCGGGCUCUCUGCUUAGCAGGGAGCCUGCUUCCUCCUCUCUCUGCCUACUUCUUAUCUCUGUCUGUCAAAUAAAUAAAUAAAUAAAUAAAUAAAUAAGAUCUUUUUAAAAAAAAUCUCUUUAUUUUUCUAUUUCCCUUGAUA